ACGUUCGAGUUGCGUGACGUCGUAGCUGCGUGUCACGUCACUCGCGUGAACCGGAAGCCGAAUCUUUCCUCUCGUGUCCGUUGAAAGAAAACAUCAACGUCAUAAUCAUCAAACAUCAGAUCAUCGCGCUGAACUGUCUGUCCGUUAAUGGCGGCAAAAUGGUCCCGGUACCGGACAGAUUCCGCAGUGUGGCGAUCUGGCUGUUAAUCGCCGGGACCGCACGUCUGUCACACGGAGAUGUAGCGGAGCUCCCUGAUCCGGCGGAUCUGCCGCAGAAGCGCUUCCGGACGGCGGAGAUGGCCGACGCGGUGAUGGGAGCCCCUCAGUCCGCGGGGCUGGAGCCGCUGCCGGGGGAAGCGUGUGCUGGCGGCCGCUGUGAGGAGAGCAGCCCGUCCGGCGAGACCAAGAGCCAGAACUUCACCGAGCCCGCCAAGACCUACAAAGUCAGCUGCGACCGGAGGAACGUCACGGGGACCGAGCUCUUCACGGUCCAGCUGCUCAACGCGUCUCAGGACCUGAUGGAGCUCCUGAAUGCCAACAGUACCGAAUGCUCAUUGGUUCUCUUUUAUACCACCUGGUGUCAGUUUUCUGCAAGCCUCGCCCCGCACUUCAACGCCCUGCCGCGAGUCUUUCCCAGCAUGCACUUCCUGGCGCUCGACGCGUCCCAGCACAGCAGUCUCUCCACGCGCUUCGGCACGGUGGCCGUCCCUAAUAUACUCUUGUUUCAAGGAGCCAAACCCAUGGCCAGGUUCAACCAGACAGACAGAACGCUGGAAACACUGAGCUCGUUCAUCACAAACCAGACAGGCUUUGAAGCAAGUCCAGAUCAGACCGUACGGGACGAAGACCGUGUCGGACCUCUGCUCUCGGUUCCCGUCAAAAGCAUCGACUGGCUCUUUGUGUUUUCGGUCCUGUUUAUAUCCGGCUUCACUCUCUACGCCAUCCUCUGCUCAGACAGCAUUCGCUGGCUCGUUCCAGGACCAGACCACGAGCAUCAGGACUAGAGUCUGCUGCGGCUUCUCCUCUGGGAUCUGAAUGUACAUACUUGUGGAAUAAAUAAGAAUCUGCUCGUGUUGUUGUGUACUUGUUUAGUUCUGUUCUGGUAAAAGCAAAAGAAAGACAUUGAUAUGCAAACUUAAAAUGCAAAGCUUAUGUCUGAGAUACUUGAACACCACUCGCCGAUGAAACCAUGUGACAGUAGUUGGCAUACUUCUGUUUACUCGUACGAGUAAGUAGCGCACUAGCACUCCAUUGAGAACACAGCCCAGGACUGGGGUUGGUAAAGUAACUGAAGGAUGCAUCCAAUCACCCACAAUCCUUUGCAUUCACUGCAAUUCAUGAAAAAGAGCUGAUAGAAAAUCAAUGAGCACUGAGCUCAUCUAUAAUGAACUGCAAGACAAACACAUGAGCUGCUCUAUACACUAUGCACUCAUACAGUAUGCACACUAUGUACUCAGUCCUGUAUGAAUUAUAUAAGGUUGUUUUGUAAUUCAUAAUUGGAGUCCAAUAGCCCC